AUGACAAAAUUAUUUUCUCAUUUGACUGCUUCUGGCGAUUACAACCUUCCCCGUGGAGUUGUACUAGCCGAUUCGAAUGAAGAGAGAGAGAUGGAGGAAGUGUUUCGAAGUAGUGCAAUGAACAGGUUUGGAAGAAUGACAGUUGAAGGUGUUCCUAAAAGUGGACAGACCUUUGAGAUAGGUGGAAGCUCUAAAAAAAGUGACAACAGGGUUAUGAAUACAGGAGGUAGCUCAGGGGGUCGAGCUUCUAAAAAGAGCCAUGACAGCCGGGAACAAAGCUAUGAUGUUGCGGUGGAUCAUUGGGUCGAGAAACAGUCAGCGAAAGCUAAAGAUGAUGAUUUACUAUCGGAGUGCAUGGACAUACUUAACGGAUGUGGAAGAUUUCCAAAUUCAUUUCCUGGGAGCUAUGAAGUACUUGAUGAUGAUGAAGAUGAGCUCGACGAGCUGGUUGAUACGAUUAUGGUUUCCAGGUUCUGCGAGAAGGUGGCUAUAUCGAAGAAAACCCCCAACAGCUAG